GGAAGUUGAACUGUUUAAUGUUCUUGCAGCAUAAGUUAACUUUACCUUUUUAACAAUCUGAAACCACGGACCACUGGGCUCUGAUCAACCGCGAAACCUCCUAUUUUUCUAGACUUCAUCAAAAAGCUCUUAAGAAACCAGUAAAUUACAAUCCAUCGAAAAGCUUCAAAGAUGUCAAACGAGAAAUCAGUAAUGGCGGUGAUUAGAGCAGCUAGACCUUCCUUUAGGAACGACCACGACAAAAUCGCUUUCGCCGUUCACGCCUCUUUUCUUUCAUCCGGUUUCGUCCUCACCGCCGCUGGCCCUCCCGCUUUAGCCGACAACGCUCUUUCCUCACCUUCUACUGAUGAGGUCGGAAUCGAUAACUGGAACGAAUUUGAUGAUCAUUACGCGUUUGUAUAUACGAAUCCCGAGAAAGGGUCGAAGAAAGUGUUGGUUAAAUGUCUGGUAAUGAAUGGGAAAUUGCUUGUUGAUGCUUUCGCUGAUGGCGGUUCUGAACCCGUUCAUCUUGAAAUCGACAUUGAUAACUAUGUUGGGGAGAAUGGGAGUGGAAAUUUCUCUGCACAGUAUAAGAAUUUGGAGAAGAUGGUGAGUAGUUUGGACAAAGAAGUUAUAUCCAAAUUAUACGGUAAAUCUUCAAAAUCAAGUUCAUCGAGUGAUCCUCCUAGUCUAGAAACAGGUGAAGGAUUGAGGCGUGAUGUUAAUGAUCCUGGUGUUAGAAUUAAUGAACCUGCAGGCCCUCAACCCCAUCCUUCAGGGGUAGUUGUUCCUCCAAUUUAUCCUAUGGGUGGUAGUGAUCUGUUUCCUGGGCCUGGUGCUGGAAUGUAUCCUACCAGGGGUGAUUUUGGUGGUGGUGGCAUGCUUCUAGGACCAAAUGAUCCUCGUUGGUUUGGUGGAGUUGGUGGAGAGCCUGGUUUCCCUGGAGCACAACCAGGUGUUCCUCCUGGUGCACGUUUUGAUCCAUAUGGCCCCCCUGGUGUUCCUGGUUUUGAGCCUAAUCGAUUUGUCAGAAAUCCGCGGAGACCUGGGGGUGGUACUCAUCCUGACCUGGAGCAUUUUGGAGGUGGUUCAGGUUUUAUUUAGAUGUGUCUGAAAGGUUUCGGUGUCCUUUUCUUCGCCCCCCCUUUUGAGCGGGUUUUCUGUUAUGGUGAUGGAGAAGGAUCUAAAGAUUGUACUAGACAUAAGAUGCAAGUUAUCCAGCUGUAUGAGGUUACUAAUCUUGUGAAUGUAAGGAACAACUAUGUCAUAUGGACAAAUUUAUCAAGCAAAGAGUUUGAUAAGUCAAAUCUGAGCAUUUGACUGAUGCUAA